CCGCACCCGCCCGCGGCGCCCUUCCAGAUGGGCCGGCCCUGGCCGGCUGCGGAGGAUGGGAGCCCCGGUCCGCGCCCCCAGUCGGCUGCCUGCUGCGCGCCGGGAGGGCGGCCUGCGGGGCUGGAGGCUGCGCGCUCCCGAACACCAGCAGGAGCCGCGGGGCCGGCCCCCCUCGCCUCGCCGCCCGAUGGAGGCUGCCCGGCCGCUGCUGCUGCUGCUGCUGGCGCUGCUGCGCCUUUCCACCGCGGCCGAAGAUGCCACCGCCACUCCGCCGGGCUCGCCGGCCCUUCCCGCCCGGACGCCCGCCGCCCAGGAGCCGCCCGAAGCCUUCGAGCCCGCCCGGGGCGAGUCGGCCGCGGUGCAGCCGGUGGUGGGCAUCAGCCAGAGGGUCAAGAUGAGGCCCGGCGAGAAGAAGGACCUGGGCACGCUGGGCUACGUGUUGGGCAUUAUCAUGGUAGUAGUCCUCAUUGGCAUCGGAGUGGGCGUUGUGCUGGGCUACCUGUACAAGAGGGGCAAAGACCUGAAAGAGCGGCAGGAGCAAAAAGCCAACGAGCGCGAAAUGCAGCGCAUCACUUUGCCCCUCUCGGCUUUCAGCAACCCGGCCUGUGAGCUCGUGGAGGAGAACGUCAUUGUGGUGCACACCAACCCCACUCCGGUGGAGGAGAUUCAGGGGGGAAACACUCCACUCAUGGGCCGGGCCGGCACUCCGGGGGCUUGAGGAAGAGAUGCCCCCCCCCGUUGGACCUCUGAGGCGGACGCCUCUUUGCCUCUCCAUUUACCCUGAGGAUCCAUUUGUAUUUUGCUUUUCCGUUUGAAAAACAGGCCACCCGGACAGAAAAGCGCCCAGCACUCACUCAGCCGAGCAGAGCGAGUGGCGGCGUGGCUGCCCCCCCAGCCAGCAGCAGCUCUGCAGGGGGCCUGUUUGACGCAAGGGGCCGGGUGGGACUUUGGGAGGGUCGGCUGCCUCUGGUUCUUCCAUUGUGGGGCCUGCACGUUCUCUGGGCAGCGCCAUGCUGGAGUGGGGAGCUUUAGCGAAAGGAAAGAGUGUUUGGGCAGGGAUCCAAUCCUGCGCACGUUGAUGCUGCUGAAAGGGCUGCACAUAAUAUGGCAGUUCCCUUCCUUCAAAGCGGCCACAGCCUUGCCAGCCCUCCAGUCUGGAGCCAGACGGAAAUCCCCCUCCCUGCUCCUCCCGGGGCGGAAGCAGCCAGGCCUGUCUGAGCAAAGAGGCGAUUUGGGGGGAGGCAGCACCAAAGGAAAAGCUUGGAAUCGCCCCGGAAGGGCUUUGGGUAGGGCUGGAAUGGGGGGCUGAUGUCUCUUGUGCCAGCAAGGAAGCAACUCCAGCUGUGCUUUUUUAAAAAACCUUUUACCACUCGAGGGCGGGAACUGGGACUUGGAUGCCAAAAGCAGAGGUUUCUUACGAGUUCUGUUUAUGCAGGUUUAGCGGUUUUUUAAAAUCUUUUAAAUGCCUUUGGAUACAGUUUAUUUCUAAGUGUUUUGAAUACCUCAUACCUAAAAAUAAAAACUAUUCAGGUUGUAA